CAAUAAACACUACAACCUGCAAAAUUCGCCGGUUGCUCCGACAUUUCCAUUUCCAACUAACACCAGCUCAAACUUUUAUCACAAUGACUAAAAUAGAGACGUACGUGUUCUUCGACAUUGAAACUACAGGUUUGCCACACGAGGAGAGAAAUAAAACGAAGAUUACUGAAUUAUGUUUCGUAGCAGUUUUGCGAGAACAUAUGAAACGAGGUGCGUUUGCUAUCAUACCGCCAGUAAGUAAGUUAACUCUACUUAUAAAUCCGCAGAAAAAGAUCAAUCCAAUAGCGGAGAAAAUUACUGGCUUGUCCAAUGAUUUGUUGAAGAAUGCUCCAAUUUUCCAAGAAUAUGUGCACACAAUUGUUUCAUACUUAUCAUCACUUCCUAAGCCUAUAUGUCUGGUUGCCCAUAACGGCGACCGCUUUGAUUAUAAAAUUCUCUUGGCAGAAUUCUUAGAUGCUAAUGCUACACUGCCACAUGACUUACUUUGUGUUGAUUCUCUGACUGGAUUUCGACAGAUAACUAAAAAUAGUAACAUAGUUCCUUCGACUGUGAAAAAAGAUGAUGCAACAACGAAAAGUAGCUCUACAAAAGAUGACUCAAUGUUGGAAGAGGACUCGUUAGCUAGAGAUAAUAAUUCAUUAAUAAGUGAAGAUUCAUUGAUAAGUGAAGAUUGGCCUGAUUUAGAUGUAAGUGUAGAUGACUGGAAAGAGAUUGAUUCUCUAUGUUCCUCUUUCUCAGAAAUGCCUAUAGAUGCUAACAAGUCAAGUAGCAAUUCUGAUGAAUCAAAGGUGCAACCAAAGAAUGUUGAAAAGGGAAAUGAAAAAAUAAGUUAUGCACUAGUUGAACUUUAUAAAAGGAUAGUGAAAAAGGAGGUGUACAAUGCCCAUAGAGCUGAAGAUGAUUGCUUUAUGCUCAUGGAGUGUGUGGUGGCUACGAAGGAGUUUUUGCUUUGGGCUGAGAAAUCCUGUAAAAGUAUCCAUGAUAUUACUCCUUUGGACCGCCACAAAUAUGAUAACAAGACAUCCUCUCCUUGUUAAAACAUUAGACAUGAACUUUUUUACAAAAUUUUCUAUACAGAUUUGAUUUAUAUAUUUUUAUAAUCAUGAAAGCC